AUGAGAACAGAUUUCAUGUGUUUGUUAUUAGCAACUGUUCUCUACUCACUAUUAUAUCUAACAGUCAAUGUUCACAGUCAAUUAGAUCAUGGCCAAAACAGAACUAAUACAUCAAGAGAAGAACAACGAUUGCGUUCAGAAAAAGACGAUUCUGAAUUCAGUCAGAGGGUAACGAGAGAUAAUUCAAAUUCACAGUUUCUGAGAAAAAAAGAAGAUUCACAUUCAAGUAAAAGUGGCGAUGUCGGAUUCCACUCUUCACAAGAAAAAUUCAAAGUGAAAUACUCAAAUCAAAGAAGAAGUGAUAUUUAUACUAGCGGUUACCAAACAUUCAUGGGAAAACGUAGACGAGGCAGUAAAUCACAUGUGAAAACCAUAUUCAGAAAACGUUCUGGCUACAAUCACAAUGGUCAAAGGGAACGAAGUUCCACAUUCGAAAGUUAUGGUGAGGCAGACAGUUUCGAUAGAAAGAAAAUACGUGAUGUGUUCGAUGUGAAUGGAUAUAUUUCGGAGGGUCGAAAACGAAGUAAACUCGGUGGAUACAUCCACGAAGAAAAACAUGCGUUUAUGUCAGGUGGACAUAAGUCGCAAGUUUCUCGAAAUGAUGGCAUAUCACUUGAGGGAAAAGAUCACUCUGAAAGUGACACUCUAAAUCAAAGAUCUGGUUCUCACAAUUCGGAAGACAUUCGAAGGAGUGAAAACAGUACCGUACAACGACGUCGAAGAUGA